CGCCACUUGGCAUCGACGAGUCCUGAUCAUGACAUGCUCGUUCCUCUCGCUGUGGUCGGAUCUCAGUUAUCGCUCGGCGGUCUCAUCAGACGUCUCAUAAACAAAUGCAGUCAAGGUCGUUGAACGCCGUUGUACUCGCGCCCGUAGGUACGUGGCGGGGACUCCAGGCUAUAGAAACUAUGCUCGAGGGCACGGGGAUUCCCGUCGUCCCACAACGUACCGAGGGCGAGAGUAAGGGCGUCGCGUCAAACAGUGCAGACUCUCCCGCGUCAGUCGAAGCUAUCCGGCGGGCCCACGAACGAUGCGUCCCCCCUCCCCUUGUGAGAUUCCGCACUCCGAAACACCA